CGCGCGCUCUUUGGUGCUGAAGGACGGCGCGGACAAGCGACUGCUGCCAGCUGGAAUAAACCGGGCCAUGCUUUGAGAAAGAAACUGAUUCUCUAGGACUUAGAGUUUUUUCAACAAAAAAGUCAACAGUGUAAGCAACUCUUAAGACACUGAAGGAAGAUUUCAGAAUGACUGACACUCUUGAUGCUGUUCCAAACUUUGAAGAGAUGUUUGCCAAUCGAUUCACAGAAGAUGAUACAGAGUACCAAGAAUACCUGAAACGCCCCACAGACUCCCCUCCAAUUGUUGAAGAGUGGAACAGUGGAUCUAGUGGUAAUCAAAGAAACAGAGGCAAUAGGUUGCAAGAUAACAGACAAUUUCGAGGAAGGGAUGGCAGACGGGGUUGGCCAAGUGACAACAGAUCUAAUCAGUGGCAUGGAAGACCCUGGGGUAAUAAUUAUCAGCAGCAUAGACAAGAACCUUAUUACCAUCAUCAGUAUGGAAAUUAUGGUUAUAAUCAACGGCCUCCUUAUGGCUACUAUUAAUAUAAAUGUUGACAUCUAUCAAGGAAAACCAAUACAUCCUCUUCUAACAUGUCAAAAGCUUGCCUGUCUUGUUUUUUGUAUAUAAUUAUGUGUAACUACUUUUACACAACUUAAGGCUGUCAUGUACAAAGAAACUAGAAAGAUGUGAUGGUAGCUGAAGAAGUUAUGGACUACAUUGUUCAACUUCUACCUCAAAUUCGACUUCAUUUCAUAUAUUGUUGGUGCAUUGAAUUUCCAUGUAAGGCUGCCAGUAGUCAUAAGUUUUUAACACAGGCAGAAAUGGAAAUAGGAAAAAUGUUUGCUUUCUCUCAAAUUUAAAGGAAUAUCUGUAAACAUGGAUGAAAUUGUUUCUGGAAUUUUAUAGACUAAUGAAGUAAAUCACCAAGUGACAGUUACAUUUGGCUUUCAAAAUACCAUAUUUAACAGCAACUGAAACAAAUUAUAAUCGAUUUACCUUUCACUUGGCUUUGAUUUAGAAAUAACUAUACUAUGUGAAUGCCUAUUUUAGAGGUCUGAGUGCUAUAUUAGUAACAAAAGGAAAAGAAUAAAAAUGUAAAAUAAGAAAAGAAUUUUUAUUUUUGGAUUAAGUGGGCAUAGAUAUGGGUUGUUUGGUUUUUUUUUUUUUUGCAUUAUAUACUAGUAUGAGCUUUCUGGUGUGUGGAAGGCAGAAGUCUUAAAAUUCACUUAACAUUCACAAAAACACAGGAUUGAAAUUCAAGUGCAAUCUAGACAUUAUAACCUGUUAUUUUCAGCCCUUUCUUUCCAAUCAUCAUAUGAAACAUAAUUCAGCAUGUACUUUUUUUUAAAUAGUCAUGAUAGCUUAGAUUUUACAUUAUUUUUUUCUCUGCCAAACAUGGAACCUGCUGUAUCUUAUAUGCAUGCAAUAAUUGUGUGAAUUUAAAAAAAAAUCUUUUCUCUAUUUUUAUACUCCCAUUAUGAUGCCUAUUGUAAUUACAUUUUUAUUUAAGGGAAAUGGUAACUGUUUAGCCUCACUCAAGUUUUGGAUUAUUAGUUCUAUAAUAAUUUGCUUUUUGUUACAUCCUGUCUGAUAAAAGGAAGUGCAGUAUAACAGGAAAAAAAGUACUCUCUUUUUUAACCCAAAAGACUUAAGUUCAAACACUGACUUUUAAGAACUGAACUUGGGCAGUUCAUUUAAACUCUCUUGACCUCAGAAAUCCUUAUCUGUAAAAUGAGGGAGUUGGACUUUAUGAUUUCUCUGAGGUCCCUUCCAGCUCUCAAUCCUAUGAUCUCAGAGUAGCAGUUUGACAUUUUAUGAGAUUCUUCAAUUUUUUGUGGGGAAGGUAUUGCUCUGUUGAAAUAGAAGUGUUAUUAAAGGAUAUGAUCAAUCUUAGUAUGUCAGAGCUUUGCAGUGACAAUUACUUAAACCUUUCUUUCAGUUGACAAAUACCUUCUUGGCAUUUCCAUCUUAACAGCCUUCUCAUGGUGUUUUCUCUAUGAUGGUGAAGGAACCUGCAUUCCCUAAGCAUUCCUUUGCCUCCUACUCUUAGAAGCCUAUAUAUCCUAUUCCCUUAAAAAUCUUUACUCUGUUAGCUGUUACGCUGAAAGAAAAAGUAAUUUCUGCAAAUGACUGGCAAAGAAUAAUGUGUUACUUUCAAGAAGUAUUUACAUUUCAAGGAGGGAAAAAAAUCUUUGGAAUUAAAAUCUUUGGAACUUUAAGCACUGUGGCUGGCACGAUUUUGGAGGAAGUGGGAGGUAAGACCUCCCUUGUGCUCCCCCAAACCAUACCAUGUAAGCAAAUGUCUGUUCUACUAACAUAUGUACAAGCCAACCUUGAACAUGACACUCAAUAAAAAUAGAUUUUGAUAGUA